UUUGUCAAAUACAUAUUUUAUUUGCAUCUACUAUGUAUAGUAAUCAGUAUAUACAUAUAUUUGCGACUGUCGCACACACAGAUACACAUUAGAAACAUGGCGAAAUUGAAACACACGAUUUGGAAUGUUUCUUCAAAUUUUGCUGCAAAUCGAUAUUUCUCACGUUUGUUAACUUCUCAGUGGUACAAUGUGUCUACAGAUUCAUUACUAAAUAAAACAAUAACAGAAGAUAGACCAGAUUCCAAAAAUGAUAUCAUCAUUACAGAUAGUUGUGUUCAGCGUUUAAAGGAAAUUACAGAUAACAAUGCUUAUUUAAGAGUUACAGUAGAAGGUGGAGGUUGUUCUGGUUUUCAAUAUAAAUUUGACUUGGAUACAAAUAUAAAUGAAAAUGAUAAAAUAUUUCAAAAAGAUGGUGCAAAAGUGGUUAUAGAUACAACAUCUUUAGAAUAUAUUAAAGGAUCAACAAUAGAGUAUCAUACAGAAUUGAUACGUUCUGCAUUUAGAAUAAUUAAUAAUCCUUUAGCUGAACAAGGUUGUAGUUGUGGUGCUAGUUUUUCUAUUAAAAUAUAAUUUUUUAUGUAAAUUUCAAUAUAAAAAGAUUUAAAUAUAUGUAUAUCGUUGUUCUGAUAAAAUAGUUGAAGAUAUUAGAUUUUUGUCAAAAAAAAAAAUUUACUAAUUUGUUUAUUUU